AAUUGUGAACAACCUACUACGCUUCAUUCAAGUUCUAACACGAUGAAACCACUUGCUAAAUCCACACCGACAGCAAAUGAAACAAAGAAGAAACCGUCGCGUCAGCACCUUCUUUGGCAACCUGAUAAGGACCCUUUAAUAGUCCCUAAGAUAAUAAGGCAGUAUACAAGAAAGAAAAAGGCAGAUACUGUAGAGUCACUAAAUAACUGCCAACUGGCCAGUACAACCAGUACAAAUGUUGCUGCCACAUCCCCAGAGCAAAAUAAUGAACAAACAAAUUGCACAUCCUUAGUCAAUAAUCAUGAAGAAAUCAUGGGAAGACUUUAUGAUAUUGAAAUCAUGGAUGUUGAUGUUAAAAUUGAAAAUCAUGUUAAAACUGAAGAAAAACCUGUAUCACUGAAUGAAGUCAUAUUAGAUAGAACCGCUAACAAUCACGCUAUGGCAGAUCAACCUGAUGAACCUAUGGGUCUCACAGAUCUUCCACCACCUUCAACAAGCAACAUGACGCAAGAUGCUGCUGUAUCAACGUCUGCAAUGCCAUUCGCUGAACCACUAAUAACUGCUGCUCCAAAGUCGAAGGCACAGAGACAACGUGAGUACAGACAACGUAUUGCAGCGUCCAGAACUCCUGCAGAAGUGAUUACUGCGAGAGCAGCGGAGACCGCAAGAAAACGCAAUUACAGACUACGUGUAUCUGCUGGUUGGUUACAAUCAACGACUGCAUCCUCAUCUUCUGCAACUGGCAGGUCAACUUUGGCAGCAGAACCAGUACAAACCACUGUACGACCAAGUACUUCUUCAGAUUUAGUACAAGUACAACAGGCACAAUCUACUUGGAACACGAAAUGGAAGGUCUCGAUCAAGAGAUUUAAAUCAACUUUUCUGGACAAUGAAUUUGGCUACGCUUGCUCGGUUUGCGACAAACUGUGGUUCAAGAAUGACCUCAAGCCCAUCACUGCAGCAAACCUAGAGGUGAUGUCGGAUUGGGUUGUCAAAGAAAAUCGUCAACUGUGCAGAGAAAAAUACGAAUUGGUCUGCAACACGUGUAAACUCAACACCCCGGACCUGUAUCUACAGUUCCAGAAAAUAACAGAGACCAUUGUCAACGAAGCGGCCAGAAUCAAUGUCAACGGGCUAAAGAAACUCAUGCGAAAAGCUUUAGACAUGAUGGACGUUAUAAACAACUAUGUCGAAGAUGAUGAUGAUGAAAUCACUAGCUCCAACUCCGUAUUAAAAAUGGAUUCUGAUAAAGAUAAUUUACAAGACGAUGUGAAGUUAGCUUUAGCUAAUUUUAAAAGAAAAUCAGAUUUAUCGAAUGAAAUAUCUCCUAAAAGAAGCAAAAUUUUUCAAAGCACUGAAAACUUGAAAACGCCUAAAAAUAACAGAUCUUUUACUAUAGAAAAUAAAAAUGUUUCGCCGAAUCAGUCUAAAUUCAUAGACACUUUUCAAGAUUUCGUUGGGAAAAGUUUAGCAAAGAAAGAUGAUAGGACGGUGAAAGUCAGUAAAAAGACGCCUCCGGUCAAAACUAAAAUUGGUCAGUAUAAACCUAAAAGCCCUCCUAAGAAAGUAUCGUUCUCUCCAGCUAACAUUUCUCCUAAAAACGUUAAGGAUAUUGAAUAUGAAGUGAAAGAACAAGAGAAUGACUGCAAUAUAUUGAUUUUAAAGAUUUAGGAAAACUAAGUCCCUUAAGGGCAUUUUUAGAAUUUGGGACCCCCCAAUUAGCGUAAGUAUGUUAACAAAAAUUAACUCGCUGUCAGUUUUGUGACGACAAUUAAGCAUAAAAUUUACUUUUUUCACAUUUAAAUGUAGAUUAUC